AGGCACUCUGGGAAUUAGUUUGAGUGUCUGUAGUGGACAAAAUUAUACAAAGGAAGGAUUUGCAAAUGACCUGAAAUUUUAUAGACAUUCUUGUUAAACUGAACUAGCAAUCAUGAGUGGAUGCUUUGAUAAUAUUUACUUCCCUGAUAUGGAGGCUGUUGUCGAGAGAAGGAACUUAAUUUCGUCAAUUUCAGCCGGAACUCUGUUUUUCUUUGGCUGGUGGAUAAUGAUUGAUAAUGCAGCGAACGAAGAUUUUGAGCCUGCAUAUCAUACCCCAGGCGUUAUAGCCUCAGUGGGUGUUUUUAUGAUUAAUGCAGUGUCAAAUGCCCAGGUUAGAGGAGAGACAUAUGGCACAAGUUGCAUUGGACAAACAGGUGCUCGAGUAUGGCUUAUAAUGGGUUUCUUACUGUUAUUUGGGAGUUUGAUCGCAGCUUCCUGGAUUCUUUUUGGUGCUUAUGUUGUUCCAGCAAAGCCUCAUCCAUGGCCUGGAGUGGCAAUCUUCCUUCAAAAUGCUUUCAUAUUCUUCAGUGCAAUUGUGUUCAAGUUUGGCCGUACGGAGGAACAUUGGUAGAAUUAUGCAUAGUCAUGUAGUGCACAUUUUUCAAUGUUACCUGAGGCUGUAGAG